AACAAAAGGCGGUUGUUUUGAAAAUAAUAUCCAACUACUCUUCAGAUUUCUCCCGUUUCAGAGCAUUGAUUGCGAUUUUAUUGAUUUGAUCAUACGUGGGCAUUGUUGAUACCAUCAUGACCAUCCCAAAUAUUCAUAAAUGUAGUCAGCUGACUUUAGAAAAUGCCCAAAUGAAAAAGAAAUUACAGAAAGUGAAGCAAGCAAAUGCUGAACUAAAGAAAGAACUUGGAGAUAUCCGAGAACGAUUGCGCAUACAGGACAUGAUGAAGGAAUAUGUCACGACCAGAAGCACAUAUGUCCAAACAGAUCCACCAAAGUCAGUGAUGUCUGGCAUCUAUGGGCCGCCAAGACGUGAGGGGCUCAGGCUGGAGGAAGAAAAAGAAAAGGCAAACAAGUUAUUAAGCAUGCACAACUGUCUGAUGAAGAGAUAUGAGAAAGAAGUAAAAGCCAAUGAUGAACAUGCCAACACCAUCAACAGCUUAAAUUUGAGGGUGACCGAUCUUGAACAUCAGCUGGUCAGUGCCAAGGCUCGAGUUCACAAUCUGGAACAGGAGAAAGAGAAUACACGCCAGGGCAGGCGGCGGUCGACAUCCCUCUCCCCCAGGGACCCAGGUGUCCUUAGAGAACUUGACCGCAUAAAGAGGGACCGAGAUCGACAAGUCAAAGAGAACAAAAGACUCAAAAAGGAGUUGAAAGGUUUAGACAAGGGAUUUUUUGAUGAAGUGGAGGACCUGAAGUAUGGAUUACAGCAAUCGGCAAAACUCAAUCAGGAAUAUGAGAAGUCGUUGAAAAAAAUCUGUUCACAAUUUGGAGUCCCUUUUCCCCAUCCACAGACGGUGUUAAAAUGAUGAUGAUUUUAGGACAUUUUAAAUAUGAGUGUUGUCUAACAGUCUCCGUUGAAUGUUUGGGCCGUCAUUCUUUGGAGGCUACAAGACUUUUGCUGGUAAUGUAUUUUUGUGUA